AUGGAGAGAAGUUGCUGUUCGUUCAAACUAAAAUGGAGGGCUUGGGAGAUAAUAUCCCCUCUGUCCAUCGCAGUUUUUAUUAAUCUGCUCCCGGCUCUCACCCAAGCCAAUCUGCUUCAGGAGUAACGGUAUACACAAUUUAGGUCAAACCAAAACUCUCUUGGCUCAGAAUCUCUUAAACCAUAUGCAACUCUUUCUACAGCCGCCACAAAUCCAUCACUCCAUUUUGGCUGUCAUUUGGGGAGUAGUUGCUUAGGUUGCAAAAUCUCUGACAGUCAUAUAUUCCAACAGGGAGUAAUGAAAUGAAUUUCCCAGGCGUCCCGAUCCUCUAUCUGGAUUCUCCACAGAUAAACCAAUGCAUUUCUUCUUUUUUUUUUUUUUUGUUGUUCCUACACACUGCAGUAAAAUGCAGUCGAGACUGAAAGAUGUUGGUGAUGUUUACCAAGGCUACCCAAGAAUCCAUGGAUAUCUUGAUGUAUGUGUUGUAACCAGGGCUGGUCCUGGAGAUCCGAGGCAUGAACGUGUUUUACCUAUCGAGGACUAUCAGCAAUGGAUAUGGGCUAAUAGUUGGAGCAGUCCACGGUAUUAUGCCAGAAAACAGACCCAGGCCCUCGCAAUUCUGCAAGUCAUCUCUCACAAGUCGGUUAUAUCUUCUUUGACCUCUUCUUUGAACUAUUAUUUCACCCACUUAUAAUGCUUUAGUACUUUUUAAUUGAAAUGAGUUUUGCCCACCCAAGGGUUUCAGAAGAAUUAAUAAACACAGUAUUUGGCCUGAAAACACACAAUACCACACUAUUAACUGAAAAUUACGUUGGUGGUAAUAUCAUGGCAAAAUAGUUUUCCUCUUCUCGAAACAUGAACUUUCUUCUUGUUCCAUACUUGUGUAGAGGAAACAGUAAUGAAGCAGCCCGAUGUCAGCACUUUAUACAGACGUGGGAGAAAUAAACUACAGAACUUGUACGAGAGUACACCAUUGGCAAGUUUAUUACCAAGGAGAACAGACUACGGAUAGCUUCUUCCACCAAGGAGAACAGACUAUGAAUAGCUUCUUCCACCAACCUGUCUGAGAGACAAGUAACACUAUGGUUUCAAAAUCGUCGUGUCAAAGACAAGAAGCUUGUAAAAGUGAGAGAGGUUGAAACUUUCUCUUGAUUUGUUAAUCGAGCCCUUUACGAAAUGCUGAAUUAUUAUUAUUAUUAUUAUUAUUAUUAUUAUUAUUAUUAUUAUUAAUAUUAUUAUGUAUGAGUCCCUCAUUAUUUUCGCAGGUAUUAGUCUCACAUUAUUUUGGUAAAUCUUUAUAUUCAUGUGUUGUAAUCUCUAACUAACUGACAGAUUGAGACACUGUCUAUUGUUUAUAUUAAAUCAUAUAUUUCUGAGAUGUUUUUGUUGUUAUUGUUGUUGAAAUUUUAGGCCUUGGUUAUGGUUGGGUUAUUCAGGCCAAAUUUCAAGUAUAUUGUAAUAAUAUCAUAUCGCCUAGAUUUAUUUAGAAGAUGGGUCUACAUUUGGAGUCGGUUUCCCCAGAAAAAUACUAAAAAACAUUCUCAAUGGAGUAUCUCCAUUAAAAGUGCCAUUUAGUCCAGGAAUAGGCUUCAUCUGUGUCCGGGAAACCGCCCCUUAAAGUCUAUUGACACAUUUGUUUGUUUUUUCAUGGAUGGGUAUGGGUCUACUUGAAUGCGUGACCACACAUUUACAAUUACGCAAAUUUGUUUUCAUAAGGUAACGUUUGGUCAAAGCAAAGAGGGUAUGAUUGGGUGAAUAAAAUACAAUUGUUCAGACAAUCAAUGUUUUUUUUUCUUCAUAUUUCUAAGGCAUAUAAAGUUCUUAAACAUUAAUUUGGUACUUUUUGCGAUGUGGCUGUGAAGGUCUACGCUGAGACGUGUAGCCUACUGGCACUUAGGCCCACUUAUGUCAACAUUUUAGUUGUGUGAUCAAUCAAUCUAAUCUAUAAAUCUAAACAUGUUCAUAAUCUUUGUUUAUGAAAAUGUUAUUACAUUUUUCUUUCUGACCUUAUAAUACAUUUAGAGACUAUGAUCUCAUCACAGGAAUGAAUAAUAAAAUGGCAACUAUUCAUGGCCUGUUUCGCCAUCUACUGGAUUCAGCACGCAAUUGCUCUACAAGAGGCACUUACUUUUCGAAAAACACAAUUGAAAUACAUUUAUAUUGCCAAUAAAAUGAUCAGAGUUGAUUGAAAAUUGUUCUAUUCUAUAUUCAGAAAAAUCAUAAUCGGUUUGGUGACGUUUUCUAUGAAAAUGUACAAAACCUACAGAAAACAACAAGAGUUCAUAUAAAACACACGCCUGAGUUUAAGUUUUAGGGUUGUUGGCUAUUAUCUUACUAGUGAUCAACCCACAUCAAAAGUUGUAUACAUUAUCUUUUCUAGAAAGGCGAUCAGAGGCAAUUUAUUUGUUUUAACAAGUGAACAAUCGCCUUUAGAAAGAAACCACACUAAACAUGUAGCCAGUCUCCUUGGACUUGUUUUUGCUCAGUCUGAGUUCUCUGGACUUUGACCUUGAACUAUACGGAUAUUGCAUGCUUUCAGUAAGUAAAACGUUGGCUUUUGCAAUAUGAAUAUAACAUAUUUUGGUGCAUAGUUUUCUGUGUAUCAAUGGCUCAAAUAAUGUCGUUUUAAGGUACUCUUAAGUUUACUAGACUCGUAAAAGAUGAGAAGCCAGGCUGUCGCCUUGCUUUCCGGAGACGGAGGGUUUAGAAUUCUCGUUUUCUCCCGUCCGAGGAACCAGUCUAGAUUUGCUGGGGAAACUAAAGGAGAACGUAAAAUGACUAAUCGAGAUAUGUCAAGGGCCAGUAUGAAAAAAAAGUGUUGAGAGAAGGCUAUGCUAAUAUCGAUAUUAUAGAAAUCAGGAACCUAGUAAUUUAUGUUGUGAAAUGGAUUUAAAAAACAUAGCAACUGGAUUAGACUACAUAUAUAAUAUAUUUAUAACCAGGGUUUGCUAAUAAAACAUAUCAAAAGGGGACAUUUCUUUACUAUAUAUGUCAAGAGAUAGUACUAUUUAAAAGUGUGAAGGAAAAAAUACGUUGGUGUAAUUGAAUAAAAAAUUAACCAUAGCCAUAGGCCCAAAAGUAUUUUUAAGAUGGCGCAAAAUGUAGGAUGAAUAGAAGUAGGCCUAUCAUAUCUAUUUUCUUCCAAUAUAGUUAUUCGUUUGUUAUCAUAUUGUGGUCUUAUUGAGAAGCAAUUAAUUUAAAGGUAUGCAAGACUACCGUGUUGUUUGACCAUUGCAGGUUUAUGUUUCUAUAUACUUAAUCCAAUAAUGCAUUAAUUUAUAUACGGCUUAUAAAAUAGUGACAGUAGUGGGGAAUCACAAUUUCUCGAAUCCGAAAACUAUGUUCAGUUGUUUGAGGUAUAUGUAGGCCUAUAUCCAUGAUUUGUGAAUAGAGGAAGAAUACGAUUUAGGAUUUAUGUAAUACUCAACGUUUGUCAGUAGGAUUGGCUAGUAUUGUUGCAUUGACAUUGUAUGAGCAAUAAUACAGCAUAGGCUUUAUGGAGGUGGUUGUUGGACUUGUAGCAACCAUAACCUUAUGCCAAUGACUUGUGAGCCGUUUAGUAAGUGUUAGGAAUAGUUUUCACAGCAAACCAUCAUCCAUGUUAAUGUUGGUUCUUUUAUCGAAAUGUUUGUUUUUACACUGCUGCCUUAUACUUUUAGCAAAAUCUUAGUCACUUGGCAUAUGAUAGACCUAAGUAAACCUAGCUAUAUUCUCUCUUAACAUAUUUUGUGUAAAUGACAUUGUUUUGCACUGAACACUGAACAUACACUGAACAUACACAAAAAAACAAAACAAAAAUGUAUGCACACAUGACUGUAAGUCGCUUUGGAUAAAAGCGUCUGCUAAAUGGCAUAUUAUUAUAUUAUUAUUAUUAUUAUAAACAUAUAUUUUGUUUCAAUUAUAACAAUAAUUGGUAGGCCAUAGCUAACUAGCAGCAAUGCCUUAUAAUAAUAGGAAUAAUCUCUUGGCAUUGAAAACGAUCUCUUCGAUUUCAAUUUAUCCAUCUAACCAACACCUUUCAGUUUGAAAAAUGAAAUUUCAUUUACAUUAAUUUGUAUUUUUCUCUUAACAUCACAUUACCUUAUGGAAUAUAUUUCCUUGCAGUAUUAAGGCCAAGUGUGGGACUGAACAACAUGUUUUGCAUAUCACGUGACACUGCGUUAACAAAUCAACAAUUCCUUUCCCUUUAUUAUUUAGGAGUCGCUAAAAGGGUUGUAAGAAGCGUUUGAGAGAGCUCCAUGAAAAUGUGUGAGCGAAAUCUUCUGAAUUCUGGCUAUGUUGGUUCUCUGAAUUGUCCUACCCCGGAGUCGUUGUAUUUUUCCAACUUGCGGAGCAAUGGAGCUCAUCUCUCCGGGCUGCAUCAGAUUUCCUACAACAGGCGAGAGGUGUGCUCGCUCCCGUGGACUUCCCCAAGUUCGUGCACAUCACCGCCUCAGAGCCGCGCCUUCAGUGGCUACUCUCCGCGGUUUCUACCCAAUUCAGUGCCUGUAAAUACUAAUCCCAACGACCACAACAAGGGACCACUUGACGAGUCCAGUAAAUACUACUUUCAGGAUGUAAACCACAACCCAGAACAACCUGCUAGACACGCGCAGGCCUUUUCUGGUGAACAUGGACUUAUCAGUUCCGACAGCUCGAAAUAUGAAUUUUCGAACUUGGACAGCCGGUCACGUAAUUCCGGUGUACAACACGAACUGAAUUACGCCAACCAGGCAAUUGCCGCCGGCAUCAAGCAGUCGGCCAAUUCAAUUGCCCGAAUUCAACCAUCUUCAAGUAAUGAAUGUGCCAGAGCGUCUUUUUCUGAUGGUAAGCAUCUAAUGGUUUUUGUUAUUUUUUAAUUAAACUGUUCUGUAUGUCUAGACUAUGUAUUUCAUAAUUUAACAACUUCACCUCCAAAUCAUAGUUCUUGUUAUAUUUGAUGUUAACCCAAUGAUAAUUGGAGGCCAUGCCUGCUUCUGGAUUCUUCAGCAUGUCAUGUUUUUUUUUUUUACCAAGAGAUCCACAAGUUGCUAAGGACCGUUUUUUUUUUUCAUUUCUCCAGGUGCACCCUUGUGCUCGUCACACGUGAAACUGAGAAAGAAGAGAAAACCAUACACAAAGCCACAGCUUGCUGAUCUUGAGAACGAAUUCACGAUGAACGAAUUCAUAAACAGGCAAAAACGGAAGGAACUAUCUGACAGACUGGACUUGAGUGAUCAACAAGUCAAAAUAUGGUUUCAGAACCGCAGAAUGAAGAAGAAGAGGCUGGUGACGCGUGAGCAUGCGUUCUCCAUGUACUGA